UUUCACCUUAUAUUCUCCUUUCCCAGUUUCUCAGAGUUUCAAUGGCAUCUCAGAUAAAUGAGACAAUGUUGUGGAUGCUGCUUGUUUUCUUGGUGCUAUCAAACAUGCAACAACGUUGUAAUGCAGAUGGGAAGCCACAAGUACCUUGUCUCUUCGUUUUUGGGGACUCUUUGUCGGAUGAUGGGAACAACAACAAUCUUCUGACUUUGGCAAAAGCCAAUUAUCCACCCUAUGGUAUUGAUUUCCCCAUGGGGUCUACGGGAAGGUUUACCAACGGUCGUAAUAUCGUCGAUUUCAUUGCUGAAUCUCUGGGAUUUGUCAAUUUCAUUCCACCCUUCGCUACUGCUAGAGGCAGGGAAAUACUCAAAGGUGUCAAUUAUGCAUCUGGCGCAGCGGGAAUUCGCAACGAAACUGGACAAACCCAGGGUGAUCGGAUAAGCAUGGAUAGGCAGUUGAAAAAUCACCAGAUUACGGUGUCGAAGAUCAAGCAGAUGUUGGGAAAUCAUAACAAAUCAACUGCAGAGUACCUAAGCAAGUGCAUAUAUGUUGUUACAAUUGGUAGCAAUGACUAUCUUAAUAACUACUUUUUGCCACAGUACUACCCAACUAGCACCAUUUACACCCCACAGCAAUACGCUGUCGUUCUCAAUGACCAAUUAUCUCAGCAAUUAACGAGUUUGUACAAGUAUGGGGCAAGGAAAUUUGCCGUUUUCGGGCUGGGCGCGAUUGGGAGUAUUCCAUUCAUACGGAGCUCAUGUGGAAGUGGAACAAAUGGCUCUGCCUGCGUGGACAACAUCAACAACGCCGUUGAACUUUUCAAUGUUGGGCUUAAAUCACACGUGGCUGCUCUCAAUCACAAUCUAACCGGUGCUUCUUUUAUCUUCAUAAACUCUACUGCAAUCGGGUCGACCAGUCCGCUUCUUGCUUCGUUGGUUUCCAAUGUUUCCUGCUGUAAAGCGUCGAGCAUUACUGGGCAGUGCGUCCCAUUCGGAAGUACAUGCGGUAACCGGAGCCAAUAUGCAUUUUAUGAUUCAAUCCACCCCACUCAAAUUGUUGCUUCGGUGUACGCGGGAAGAGCAUACAAAGCUGAGUCUCCAAGUGAUGCUUAUCCAUUUGAUAUCAGCCACCUCGCACAACACUGAUACGGGAACAAGAUUCUUGUUUCAAUUCUAUAAUAUAUAAAUAAUCAUUGCUUGGAUUUUAGUUCUGAGUGUCCUGAAAAUAAUACCCAUAAUAAAGAAAUAAUUAGAUUUUUUUUGUUCUAAAUUGUCACCUAAAUGCAACACACAUGGAGACAAAUUUUCUCUAUUUGAAAUAAAAUUGAUACUAUUUAUUUUAUGAUUA